AUGCGAGGGAGGGUGUCAACAGUGUCCGCUCGCAAUGUGGAGAUUGACGUGAAGCAUGCGAGGGAGGUAGACAAGAGCAGUGCGGGUGCUCCCAGGAAGUGGGGAGGGCGGGGCGGGGCCGACAAGAAAGGAAGGUCGGGAGUGGAUGAGGGGUCGGAGCCCGGGGAGGGCAGGGAGGGCAGGAAGUCAGAUGGGCAGAAAAGGUCGGAACGUGCAAAGGAAACAGCGAAGGGGAGCAGCAGGAAGGGCGGGCGCUUUACCGACGAUGAGGAUCCGGACGGGAAAUCGAGCGGAGGUCAACGAGGCAACGACAAAAAGAGGAAGAAGGUGGGCGACCCUGAUGAAGGCGAGGAUUCCGACGAUCUUGCCUCCGAUAAUGAAGACCUUGCCUCCGACCAUGAAGACGACCGCGAUGACGAAGACGAUCGCGAUGACGAAGACGACCGCGAUGACGAAGACGACCGCGAUGACGAAGAAGACCGCGAUGACGAAGACGACCGCGAUGACGAAGCCGACAGCAAUGAUGAAGACGACCAACAAGGCGGGAUCAAGAAGGUGAUCAAGAAGGAGCAGGAAUGGGCCAGCGGUAAGAGCAAGGGCAAAGGGGCGGAUAGUGGAACGGACGAAGACACGGACGAGGAAACUGGGCUGUGGGGGGACAUAGAUGACGGAGGAAUUGCGCACCCUGGCCGCGCAUUCGACGUGAAGGAGCCAGCCUACGACACGUGGGAGGCCGCAUUGGCCACGGUCAUCGGGGAGCUCGAAGAAGAAGGGCAUCUAACCACUCAAAAGAAGAGGCGCAAGUUGGCGAUUAACGCCAUAAACAAGAUUCGAUACGAGUCAUACUCCACGCCUGAGCAUGGCGCCAAUGUCCUCGCGAAGUUGGAAGCUGAGUCCGGGAUGUUCGUCAAGCGCACUUUCGACAGCCUAGGGAGGAUCGUUGAUGUGUUCUGGGCCACCGUCGACCAACAGGACAAGAUGGCGACGUUCGGCGGCUGUAUCCAGAUGGAUACUACAGCGUUCACCAACAGGUACGGGUGCCCACUCCUGUUCAUAGUGGGCGUGGACGACGAAAACCGCUCGUGCGUCUUGGGACAGGGCGUGCUGCGGUCGGAAAGCACCGAAACCUUCAGUGGUUCUUGGACUCGUACGAGGAGCUGCUGGUGGACGGAGGCCAAAGGAGUCAUGCUGACCGACGCAGACCAGGCCAUGGCCGCGGCCUUGAGGGAGUGGAAGACCACCGUGCACCUGUGGUGCUUGUGGCAUCUCAACAAGAACGUGGUCAAGCACUGUUCCUCGUCCUUUUCUGACACGAAGACACGGGAGAAGAUGCUCCGUCUAUUCAGAAGCGCUGCGUACGCCGCUACGCCGGAGCCUUCCCUACGUACCGGGCUGACCUGGAGAGGACCGUCAGGGGCAAGAAGUGUGACCAGUACAUCCGGGACCUUCUCGAGUAAGUAA